AUGCCGUUCUCUGGAUCUUAUGUCAGCCCUCUGCCGCGAUACUCUUGGGUAUCAAGCAUAGGCCGGGUUCCGAUAAGACCUCAACGUCGUCGUCACCAUGAUAUCUACCGACCACAGUAUUCACGAACUGAUCCAACUGAAGAUGCACAAAGCCAUCGAGAUGAGCCUCAGCAACCUCGGGUCCUAGGCCCUGAAAGACCGAUGGCAGACUUGGACCAGCACCCUCGAACAGGAACUGCUGUAGAUCAUCCUUCAGACAGUUUGGAUCGUGGCAGCACUGAAAACGAAAACAGAAGUUACUCUUCAGCAGUAGAUCAACAGACAUUGCUAGGUGUUGAGGAGAUUACAGUCAAGAGAGAGGAAUCUCACAAAGCUGUCGAUGGCGAAUAUUCACCUUGCAGUGAGACCAACGAACGAUCAAGAAUUCUCGAAGACAAGCCAGAAGCCAGGAUCUCUGAUAAUACUGAUCAUGGCACUACGACUGCUACCAUUUCAACUCAACCGGCGCCCCCAAGUUCACCUCACAUGGCUAGCCGUGAAGAGAAGGUGUGCUAUUGUCCAAUCUCUGAGAAGUGUCCCGCCAGAGCUAGUAACCUUCAUGACUGUCGUCAAUUGGUAUUGGAAUGGAAGAAAUGGGAGAAACGCGAAGAGAAUAAGCGCCCCGUUCUACCUCUAGAUCGAGAUACAGAGAAUGAAGUCUUUGUUACGCUUGACGAAGCUAUCGUCAUAAACAAACUUCUAGAGCAAGUGAAUACUAGAUCAAGACUCUCGAUGCGCCUUCGAUAUACCUUCGACAAAAUUCGUGAUUGGAUUCGAAAAAUGGCACACAAUUCUAUCUCAAGAGAAGUUCUGGAUCAAGGCGACCUCCUGCGACACCUGAAGAAAUUUCUUGGCGAAGACAACGAAGCUUUACGAGAAAUAAAGAAAGUGCCUGUCGAUAUUGUUGAAGAUCUGACGAGUCUCUAUCGUAAAUGGGAGCUGGGCGACCUCAGUGUAUUGCCUCGGAGAGGCUUACUCCGGUCCGCAGAGAGAGCGCCCUGGACUGUUGAUCCUCAGUACCCUUAUCAAAGAUCAGCUAAUUUCUACGGUCAUGGCCAUCUCGUCAACGGACAGACCUGGAUCUGUCGAGCAGCGAUGAGACGUGAUGGUGCUCACUCUGCCCUUCAAGCAGGGAUAUGCGGAACAGUUAAAGAUGGGGCCCGCAGUAUCGUGAUGGGAUACUACAUUGAAGACACCAAGGAAGGUUACGCUGAUCGCGACUUUGGCGAGACGAUCGAGUACAUCGGGACCGCUCGAAGACGACAACCUGAUGAUGAAGAACCCACCAACGUCAAGGAUCCAGCUAAAUAUCGCUCAUCCCGAAAGACCAAAAACACAGCUGGCGAGGGGCCAACGUGUGCUACCGAGUGCCUGAUGACAAGCUUUCGAACUGGAAAGCCUGUGAGAGUGUUUCGGUCUUACAAACUACCUCCAAUUAAUUCGUUAAGACCACUGAAGGGUUUUCGAUACGAUGGCCUCUAUGUGGUUAAGAAGUAUGAGCUCCUAAAGAAGGAAAGACAGAUUUACAAGUUCAUCAUGACGAGGAUGAAAGAAGGUCAAGGUCCGUUGAGGGAUGUUAUGCCCCCAUUUGAGCCAGUGAAGAAGAAGCGAGCGAGAGAGCCUUCAACUUCAAGUUCAGGUCGUCAAAAGAAAAGAAAACAAUAA